AUGGAGGAGCCGACGAAGAAACGUAAGAUUCUGGAUGUGCGACAAUCCGUUCCGUUUUGUUCGCAGACUGCUUUAGCGGCCAUAUGCAAGAACAUAGCUGAACAUGGGCUGCCUGACAAGCAUUCUCGGCGAGACAUUUGGCAGGAGACGGAAGAGCUGCUGCACAACUCGAGCAUGCAAAAAUAUGGAUCUCUUUUCCUAACAGCAGAGGCCGAGACGGUGAAAGGAGGACAGCAAAAGUUGCUCUUCGUCAACUUCCUUUCGCUGUUGGCCGGAGUGUUCCAUGCAGCAGGGCCGUUUGGGAUGUGGCUGCUGGAUUUUCAUGAAAGGCAUCCUUCCAGUUACGAAUCACCAUGGGAUGCAGUGAUAUAUGCUGAUGAAAUACAUCCGGGCAAUCAAUUAAGUUCUUCAUCGAGGAAGAGUUGGUGUGUGUACAUCUCAUUUCUGCAAUACAAGUCGCUCCUUUCCCGUGAGGAUUUCUGGUAUUGCCUCUGCAUCAAACGCAGUGCAGAAGUCGGCGAGCUCAAGGCAGGGAUGUCACAGGUGAUGCGCUUAAUCCUGGAAAGCCUGUUCGGGACACGGGUGCCAGAGACAGGGGUGCUUUUGUCAUCUCCUGCAGGACAGCUUCGUUUGCAUUUUCGUCUCCACAUGUUGCUUCAAGAUGGCGCAGCGCACAAAGCUGUAUUUAGCAACCGCCAAGACACUGGUUGUAAGCCAUGUCCUCUGUGCAGCAAUAUAUUUCAGCUCAAAGACAGUGAGAACAACAACAAUGUUUGGACCCAGUUUUUGAAGAGAUCAGAUUGCAUCGUGGCAUCGGACAACGAGCUCAUGGCCUCCUGGGAACGACUCAGGGAAGCAAGCUCAGGGCCGUCUGCUGUCUUCGAACAAAGACAGAAGGCGGCGGGGAUGACUUGGUCUGCACAUGCUUUGCUCUCCAGCAAGACAUUGCAGGAACUGAACAUCUGCAGACCCAGCACGUUGUAUUGCCAUGACUAUAUGCAUUGCCUGGUGUCGCAUGGUGUGUUGAAUGAAAUGGCUUUUUUGGUGUUGGAAGACUUGACAGAGAAUGGGCUGCUGUCGAAGGAUUGGGCAAUGUUGCGGCAGUGGCUGGAGUUCUGGAACUUGCCACAUGCACAUGCGAGCUUCAAACUGGAUGUUUUGUUCACAAGCAAAGCCGUUGCAUCGUACAGGAAAGCUGGAUCAAUCAAGCUUGGGGCCUCUGAGAUGCUCACUUUGUGCAAACCCUUGCAAUUCUUCCUGCAGAGCAACUUCCUGAGCAAUGGCCUGCAAGAGGCGACGUGCCGAGCAUUUAUUGCUUGGGCAGAUGUGCUGGACUAUGCCCACAGCAUCCAAGGUUUGCAGAAUCCCUCGCCUCCUCGGUUUUUGCACUUGGUCGAACAGGCCCUGCAAGCCACCGCCCUGGCAGGUUUCUCAGAGAUGAUGAGGCCCAAACAUCACUGGCCUCUCCAUCUUCCGGAUUGUCUGCAGCGAUGGCAGCAGCUGCCUUCUUGCUGGCCUUUGGAGCGAAAGCAUAAAAUUCCGAGAAAGUAUGGCACCCUCCAGUUUGGUUUGGAAGCUUACAACAAGGCCGUCAUGACUGGUGUGACUCAGGAGCAUGUGGGCAAACUGUUGAAGGACGAGGAGCUUUUUAUGAGCAGCAGCCACUUGGUGUCCAAGACUGCCCUCGGCAAACCUUUGGAGUCCCUGUUGAAGGCGAACAACUGGUUCUUGCCCGGAAUGGAAGCUUCUGCAACAUGUCGCUUGGAAAGCGGCAUGCUAUGUAAAAGCGGCGACAUCCUUUUUUACAGGAAUGCAUCAACAAGCAGCACGGCAGGCUUUCCUUGGGCAUGUGGUUCUUUGAAGCAUUGCAUCAGUGUUGCAGGCAUGGAGUUGGCUGUGGUGCUUAACUUCCUCUUCGAGAGGGAAAGGCCUGGCACUCAUGCCACUGUUUGGAGAAGCCUUCCUGACAGAUUGCAGCUGGUGCGGCUGGAAGACCUUUUGCAGCCGGCAACCUACAGCUUUGGGAAUGAUGGUUGUGUCACAUGCUUGCUUCCAGCACCUCUCUCUGCAGCUCGAUGA